AAGAUGCACGUGUAUGCUGAAGAAAACUCCCACCCCUCUGCCCUAAACAUCCCUCUUCUCUUCCCCUCUCGUGUCUGACUUAUUCUCUCUCCGUCUCUCUCGUGCAUGGCUGUCUGUCUGACUUCUUGACUUCAGUGAGUGGACUGACUGCUAAUGGUUGGCGUUUCCCCAUUGCGGAGGACGUGUACUGGGUUGAAAACAUCAGCCUGUCGGUUGUCUUCUCUCAUCCGAGUGUUUCUAACUGGAGUGGUCGCAGCUUUCUUACGGUCACCAUGUGGGACUCUAAUGGUCUGGCAGUACCUCAAAUGUUCUGAAGCCUCCCCUCAGGCUGACUGAAUGGAAAUCUCCUGUGCAUGAGGGUUACGGAAGGAGACAGAAGUUCUUGACCCACUUUGGAGAACCAUUGUCGACAACAAGCUAAGUCCCACAACUGACAGGAACUACUCCAGUUUGGACCUGAACACAGAUGGAGAAACAGAUGAAUAAAACAAACUUUACUUGCGUGACAAUCUCUCAAAGCCCUAUCAGUGACUUCCUGAUGGGCAUCUACAUCCUGGCCUUUAUCCUGGGCUUGGCCUUUAACCUCUUGACCCUUGGCCCCAUCGUCCAGCAGGUCCGCAGCCAGAACGUCCUUGGGGUAUUCCUGCUCAACCUGUCCCUGUCUGACAUACUCUAUAUCCUCACCAUGCCUCUCUGGAUCAACUACUACCACCGGGACCACCACUGGAGCCUGGGCAGCCUCUCCUGCAGCGUGGCCGGCUUCUUCUACUACUCCAACAUGUACCUUAGCAUCUACCUGCUGUGCUGCAUCUCUGUGGACCGCUGCCUGGCCGUCACCUACCCCCUGAGGACCAAGGCCUUCCGCAGCAUACGCUACGCCUGGGUGCUGUGUCUGGUUGUGUGCGUGGCUGUCAUGUCCGCACACGGCCUGGUGCUGUUCAAGGACAACCUGCAGGACACCCACGACGACAAGGACCGCUGCUACGAGACCUACCCCAUGCCAAAGCCCGUGGUCCUGUUCAACCUGCUGCGGGUGGGCACCGGCUUCCUGCUGCCCUUGCUGGUGCUGGGGCUCUGUUACUGGAGGAUCCUGGGUCAGGUGAAGCAGAGCGAGGGGCUGGGGGAGCAGGUUAAGAGGAAGGUACGGCUGCUCUCCUUCGGGGUGAUGGGGAUCUUCUCUGUGUGCUUCGCCCCCUACCAUCUCCUCCUGCUGACCCGUUCCCUGGCCUACUACUAUAUGGAAGAACAGAGGUACUGUGAGUUUGAGGAGAUCAUGCACUUCCCCUUCUCGUGCACGCUGGCCCUGUCCAGCCUGAACAGUGUGGUGGACCCAGUGCUGUAUGUGCUGGUCAGUAACGGGGUAAGGGAGGACAUGAGACUGUGCUGCUGUGGGAACAGAAAGAGUCAAAGGGAGAGAGACAGUUCCGUCAUCGCAGUAACAUGGAAGACCCAUACAAGCAUGAUCUGAUUACAUACAGUGUUUGUGUUCAGGGUUGGGUAGGUUACUUUCUAAAUGUAAUCCAUUACAGUUACUAGUUACCUGUCUAAAAUUGUAAUCAGUAACGUAACUUUUGAAUGACCCAAACUCCCUUUCUGUUACUUUUGGAUUACUUUCCCUUUAAGAGGCAUUGGAAGAAGACAAAAAGGAUCCAUCAAACGCAUUUGGUGUGUCAUCGUAGUGAUUCCUGACUCGCUCAGGUGGAACAAACUGAUGCUUUUUCAGUACUGAAUUGAAUACCAUUGAGAAAACAACAUCCUUUCUGAGUUUAAAAGUAAUCUAAGAAGUAAUCAUCUAGUUUUUCAAAAGUAUCUGUAAUCUGAUUACAAUAUUCUUGCUGGUAACGUAAUUGAUUACAGUUACAGUUUUUUUGGUAAUCAGAUUACAUGUAACUGUGAGCGUGUCUGUUGUAUUUAUGCCCUUCAUCUAUUGCAGUAAAUCCCUUCCGUGCACAUUGUCAAAAGGACAGCAUGUUUGUCUGUGUGACUUCAAUAACAUGUUCUUUCAUAUCAACCCACUUUCAUGGACAAUCAGUCAAUCAGGUUGUCCUUAAAAUGUUCAAAGAAAAGGACUGUAGCCUUUGUGUAGUUUUUCUAAUAUCCUGCUUGGUGAUGAGGAUGGAUGUUCAUUCAUAUGCAUCAUGUUCUUUUAAUUGGACCUUUCUAUUAAAGCCUGUCCUCAUUGGUAUGGAAAAUCCUUUCAAAGGCUGUCUGUUCUGGCUUUAUGUUACAGGGUCGUUCCGCUUGAAGGGCCCUUGUAUCUCUUCAGGUCUGUCACAGGUUUUUAUUGAUAUAUGCUUGGUUUACAAAUGAACCUUUAUAUUCUAAUUUGCCUGUUUUGUGGACCGACAAAUGAGAACAUUGUUCAAUUUCAUAUUUAUCCUAAACAAAAUCUAUGUAGUAAACAAUGCUGGUGUUGAAAUCCCAGAAAACACAGUACUGGCCAUUGAAGACAUGUUGACAAUGUUCAUCCAAUAAACAAAAAAGGAAGCUA